CGAAGACGUAUGCGGUUGGUUAUUGAAAAAAGUCUGUGUGUGCCAUUCGUUCGCCAUCGCCGUUGCGUUCGGAACAUUCGGCUUCGUAGUUCGUGUCAUUCGUGUGUUCCUCAAAGUUCGAGUAGCUCUCGGUCCGUCCGUCAGUUCUGCACCGUGCUUCAUUCAAUGACGUUACUUGACAUUCGUAAUUAUUAUAAGCUAAAAUAAACGUCCAUUUUAAUAAAUUGUGAGAAAAUGGAUCGCUUGCGAGUGCGAGUGAACUUUAAAUAUAUAACUAGUGUGUUCCUUUUGGUGUUUGCUGUCAGCCAAUCUUCGUACGCAUGGAACAUAGAAUACGCGCUAGACAGUGGCAGUUCGAGCCCCUUUCGCUAUGACGUGGUGACUCUGCCACGGACCCGCCAGCGGCGAGCCGCGACUGCACCACCUCCCGUGACAAUACCAACCCCACCAGCCUCCGUGCCCUUCGACCCGGCGCCUUCUCCGAAGCCAGCAAAUGUGUCCACGAACGCCACACCGGGCUCCAACAAGACUGCCAAUGUUACUGAUGCAGCUGCGGCCACGGUGAUGUCCGUAACACAAAUCCCGCUGCUGGGUGUCAACGGCUCCGGGAUUCUUCACGUGAACCUCACGGGACAUAUUCCCGGGAACCUGACGGACUCACUGCCUAAAGUCAGUGACCCCAUCGUGCCUGAUGACAAUUUCACCGAUAUCUUCAAAGAAACGCCUGAGAGGAUCAAAUCGGAGGAGAACCUCGCUAAUUUGACCUACGAUCACCACAACUUCUACAACAGUUCGUUCAUCGGCAACCAGGAUUACUUCAGAGAGUACUGGGCUAAUAUCACCAUCAACAAGGCCGAAGUACAUCAGGUGCUCAGCAACUCGCAUAGGCGGGCCACGUCAAUCCAGCUAAGCUUCGACUUCCCAUUCUACGGGCACAACAUUCGUAACGUGACCGUAGCCACUGGCGGCUUCAUAUACACUGGCGAGCAUGUUCACAACUGGCUGGCAGCGACACAAUACAUCGCGCCACUCAUGGGCAACUUUGACACAACUCUCACUAAUGAUAGCAAGAUCAAACUUUAUGAUGAUGGUGAGAAGUUCUCCGCAUUCUGGGAGAACGUGACCCUUCAAGAGAACACGACGAAGAAGUUCACGUUCGCGGUCACUCUGUAUAAGAACGGCGACAUCAUAUUCGCGUACAAAGACAUACCGAUCGAUGUGCAGGAGAUCAACGAUACUGAACACCCUGUGAAAGUCGGCAUCAGUGAUGCUUACCUUACUGAUAAAAUUGUUUUCUACGUUCGCCGCAAGACGAUCUAUGAGUACCACCGCGUGUCUUUCAAGGACCAUUUGAUCACGAACAACACCAUUUUGAAGAUGACUGCCUUACCGACAUGCUUGCAGUACGAUAGCUGCGACUCCUGCCUCAACCAUGAUACUGGGUUCAAUUGCACGUGGUGUCCGCAGAUACAGAAAUGUUCCAGUGGGACAGAUAGGAACAAACAAGAUUGGUUGUUAAGAAAAUGCGAGAAAACAACGAUAGUGAACGCGACGAUGUGUCCCGCGCGAGAGGACGACAGUAGCGGAGUGCCGGCGACUGGCAACACCGCUUAUACCACCGACCAGCAGGCUAAACACGAUACUGUUGUUAACACACAGCCUGAUGCACCAAAACCGGUGAGCGACCAGUCAUCCCAGGCGGCUCCCAUGCCUCACGAAGCUCGGUCCCCGCUCGGCGGCGCCGUGGCAGCGUUCAUCGCCAUCACGCUUAUAUGCGCGGCCGCCUCGUGGAUAUUCUACGCCUUCAAGAACCCUCACACGCGUAGCGGACAGAUACUUAUUAAGUACCGACCUUCCCAGUGGAACUGGCGGCGCGGCGAGGCUCGCUACACGGCCGCCACCAUACACAUGUAAACCGCACGCGACGCAACGCAUCCAGCUAACCAACACUAACUAUAACACGUAUUUAUUGGACGAACCCUUACUGCUCACCACAGAACGGUGCAGCCAUGUUCUAUAGUUACUGGUCUGUCUUUCUAUGGUAUAGACUUAGGCUUUAACUGUAUUUGAUGGUGUAAAAAGCACGUUAUUUGACAAAAUUUUGAAAAAAAAUAACACUUCUUUUAAUUUGUCUAAUAGUCGCAGCUAUGAAUUGGUAAUAUUUCAUUAGUUUCUUACCUAUUUGUAUGGAUAUUGAUUUAUUUAAAAUUAUGGCAUUACUGUAUACAAAGAUUGAGAUAUACAAGUUAAGCAUGGAACUAGGUUAAAAUCUAGGACAGUCAACAGAACGUGCUUAAUAUAGUUUUAACCUAAAUAAAGGGUACUAUAAUCAAAAUCAGUGACUUAAAAUCCUUAAAGUAUCAUAAGAAGACAAAUAGAAGAAUACGCCUUUUUAUCAGAAAAACUAGAUGUGAAUUUGCAAAAUACUACAUCAGUAUAGAAAAAAAAUAUGUCUGACCAAUGGUCGAUUUUACAAAUGUCUGCCACGGUAGAUUAUAAUAUAAUAUUUGGAUAUAGUUGUUUUUUGUAUUUGUACACGAUUUUCUAUACACUUGUAGCUACACAGGGUCAAAAACACUUUUGAGGAAUAAAAUUGAUCUUAGUACCCUCACACUUUUAAGUCUGACUUAAGUAAGUAGCUUACAUGGCUUGCAAUAAAUAUACAGAUUUGAAACUUUUUACAACUUACAGAAGUCACUUAAAAGUGUAAAGGGUUACACAAUGUUCUAAGUAGAAAUUUUCUAAAUCAUACACUUUUUUAUCAAAGUAUAUUGCAAAAUGAUAACUGUAUUGUGUCUUUGACAUUCUGAUAUUUUUGUGACACUAUAAAACUAAAUCCUAAAAAUUCUAGGUAUUUCCUUUAACAUCGACAUGUUUCUAGUAUAUAAAAACUAUAUUAUUGUUCUAUAGUGUCACGGUAAUAGUCAGAAUUGUAAAAUAAAUCAAAAAAUGCAAGAAAAAUCGUAAUAUUUAUGAUAUUUUUUAACUAAAAUAUUGUAUUAAAAAGAAUAAAUCAAUUACUAUAUAUCAAAUUAAGUAGCACUUGUAACUACCACAUUUAUAAUAUGAUAUACACAUUUAUACAUACUAUACUAGAUCUGUAUGAUAAAAUUAACUUCAAAUCGAAUAUUAUAUUGCUAUGAUUUUUUCUCAAAAUAAUAUUAUUUUCUAUUUAAAUUGUAUUUGUCACAAAAUAUUUUAUAUAACGAACAUGAACAUUGUAAAAUGGAUGUUAAGAAUUUGUAAAAGACCUUUAUUUACGUGUUUUAGUUAGCACAUUAAGCAGCUAAUAUUUCAACUAAAAAUAACUUAUAGAACAAACCAUUUUGUCCUAUGUAUUUUGUACAAUAUUUUUAAGUGAACUAUUUCACGAAUAUGGGAAAAUACAUUGUGAUCAAUGGAAUAUAAUUUGUACAUAAAUUGCUCUAAAAUCAUGGUUGAUAUUAUAUUAUGCUAUCUUUAAAUCGUGCUGAACAUGAAAAGUAUUUUGUUCUAUAAGUUAGUUCCCUCAUCAUUAUAUAAAAAGUUGGUUUAUAUGAAUCUAUGUGCCUUUAAAGAGUUCCGUAAGUAUCGAAGGAUCCGUCCUGAGUUUUAUGAAUUUUUGUAGUGUUUGUGAAUACCCGCCGCGAAUUACAGAAAUGUUCCCACGUUUUGUAACAAAACAAAAUUUGGUAGCAAUCUCGAAGUUUCUUUAAUUUGUGGCUUAUAUCAUUACUUUAGUACGUAUUAGCCUAACGCGCUCACAAUCGCAAAUAAUUGUCAAUUCUUAGAAGUUUGUAUUUCAUUUGGAAUUUUCUAGAUUACGAUUUUAAGUCGCACCUCCACUCCAUAUGCUCGUGUUUUCAGAUAAAGAUCAAAAAAACAAAGUGGUUAAAGUUUUCGAAGAUAGACAUAAAAUUAUAUUGCCAACGGCUUUUAUGUCUAUGUUCAAUUACUAAUAAUACAAAUUCUCUUGUUCAUCCGUCUAUGUAUUUCGGACAUUCAAACAUAUCAAAUAGCUUAUUUAUAUAGAAUUGCAACACGAGCCUAUGAAUUUCAGGCGACACUGAAUAAAUGUACAAAACUUAAGAAUCUCUUACCCAACUGUCAGUAUAUUUUAUUAGAAAUAUAGAUUUGUUUUCUAACGAUUUCAAUAGUACUUGUUUCUAUUUGUUAAAUGUUCAAUGAAGUGUAUCGAAAAAUUGGUAUCAUAUAGUGAUUGUAAUGAUUUUGUUUUAUCAAUAAUCUCGAAUAGUAAAUAGAACAGCAAGUACUAUAAAUCUCAUUACUUUGUAUUAUAGUUGUGCAUGCAUGCUCAGUCUGUCCAAAUGCAAAAAUGAAUGAUGUCUACACAAUAUAUUUUUCUUACAAUUUACGUUAAAUCGUCCUUGAUGAACAAACAGUAGAACACACUGAAAUCGUGUUAUUGGCGAAUUACUUAAUUUUAUAUUUUUUGUUAAUUUGGCUUAUAAGUUUAUUUUUAUAUAAAAACUCUUAAGAUUAGUUUAUUAAAUUUUAUUUCAUACUAAAUUGAAGUGUUCUAUUAAAUUUUGAGAUUUUGGAAAGUUAUACAAAAGUAUUAUAAAAUGUACCUAUAUUCACUUCAUUAGUGCCGGGUGAAGGGUAAAUCGUAUAAAUAACAUUUUUAUGAAAUAAACAAACACCACGCGUAAGGUUAAAUUUUGUAGUUUUACACGUUUAUAUUAUACAAAUUGAAACAUUUAUUGCCAUGAAAUGGUCUUAGUGUAAGGCAACGCGGUCUUAAUUUAUAAAGUAAAAUUCCUUACGGAACUCGUUGCGUACCAAGUGCAAUGCGACAUGAAAUUAAACCCGUACGUCGUUUGGUGUUAUUAGUUUUAGAAAAUAGUGAUAUUAUUAUGUAAAAUAUAUUAACCUAUGCUAAUCUACUUUGGGAUGUUUUUUUAAAUUAUUUUUUUACUCAUAACAAUCGUAAAAUCUGUACACCAAAGAAGUAGAUCGCGUUUGAUUAGUAUGUGAAGUGUCGCUCAAUCAUCAAUCGAUUAGAACGUUAAUGUAACAUGGAAUUAUUGUAAAUUAUAAUUUUAAGGUACCAUUCCGACGUUUUCUUUUGCAUUAAGGGACCAUUAUAAAAGUCUACAAUAAAUCCUGCCGUUGGAAGAA